AUGCCUUCCAUGAUGGUGCAAUCCGCCGGCAUCAGAAGGCUCCGCCGCGAGAUGGAGACCAGGAGGAGGAGGAAGGAGCUCGCGCCCACGGGACGUGUCGCGAAGAAGUCGGCCACCGCUCCACACCUCCUGCCUUCAUCCGCCGACGAGCGCUCCAUCGUCUUGGCCCUGCCGGCUCCCGUCCCUUCGAGACGCCCCACGCCAUCAGCCGCCGCCGCCGCCGCCAAGCUGCCGAUGAUCAAGAAGGGCACGCAGGUGAGCGUGCGCACUCGUGUCGGGGAGGUCUGCUCGGGGACCCACCUCGUGCUCAGCCUCGACGCGGUCGUCGUCUCCGACGAGGAGGACGGCUUCCUCGACGUCGUCUACAAGGUGAAGUUCCCGCUCGACGAUCCAUUCCGCCCCGUCCGCGUUGCCACGGACAAAGUUAAGGUGAUACCGCCGGCCGCGCCGUCCGCCGCUUCCACCGUAACUACCAAAGCCGCCGCGCCACGAUGCUUCAAGUCGGCGGACAAGGGCGGCGCGAGACCGGCGACCGUCGCCGGGAAAUGGAAUCUCUGCGACUGCUGAUGGACGAGGAGCGAAAGAGAGCAGGAGGCUCUAGCUAGUUUCAUUUAGCAAGACAGUGGAAGGCACUGCAAGUCUGUAAUGAUGCAGCCAUGCAGGCACUGCAAUUAUUAGUGUUUUUAGCUGGAUUUUCCUCGAUUAAUCUUGGUUGAGUUGUACAGGAUUAUUGUU